AUGAAUUUGACUGAUCGUUAUGCCACCGUCUCUCGUGCUCGUAUCAAUCAUCUCAAAACCGAGCUUCAGACUGCGCAGAAAGGCUCUGACUCAAUUGAGAAGUUCUUGCUUCGCCUCAAACAUAUUCGCAAUCACCUUGCUAUCGCCGGUGUUUCGGUCUCCGAUGAUGAUAUGAUGAUUGCAGCCUUGAAUGGCAUUCCUUCUGAGUUUGAUAUGAUUCGGACAGUCCUGGUUGCUCGUGACACUUCGCUUUCCUUCAAAGACUUUCGCAAUCAAUUGAUGGCGGCUGAACAAGCCACAGAGGCACGCGUGCUGUCUUCUCAUGCACCUAUGGUUGGCAUGCUAAGUCAUUCCUCUUCUUCUGGUUCUUCCCAUGCCUUCUCUGGUUCUGGCCAUGGUGAUGGUCUCCUUCCAACACCUCUCAUGCCUCAUACUGCUUAUAUGAGUUCGCAGCCUUUUGGUCGUUCUUCUUCUCAUGCUUCUGGUGGCCGAGGCAAAUUCUCUGGUUCUAGACCUUUUGGUCGUGGUUUUCAAGGCAGGUUUCACGGUCCUCCUAAGUCUGGUGGUGGAGUUGUUCCUGAGUGUCAGAUCUGCAGCAAGCGAGGUCACACUGCGGUCAAUUGCUAUUUUCGCAAUUCGAAUCCCUCUUCUCACGAGUCCUCUUCUACAAUUGAAUGUCAGAUUUGUGGCAAAAAGGGCCAUGGGGCUCUGGAUUGUUACCAUCGCUCCAACUAUGUUUAUCAAGGUUCUCCACCUCCUGCCUCCAUUACUGCGAUGGCGGCUCAGACUUCUUUCUCUCCUGAUGCAGUCUGGAUUGCAGAUAGUGGGGCCAGUCAUCACAUGGUGCCUCAUAUGACAACAAUGGAUUCUGCUUCUCCUUGCACCUCUUCCGAUCAAGUCAGAGUGGGAAAUGGGGAAGGUUUGCGCAUUGAUCAUAUUGGCUCAGCUCAUAUUCCCACUACAACUUCUUCUCUAUCUUUAUCUUCAGUUUUUCAUGUGCCUCAGCUUACGGCCAAUCUUUUGUCUGUGUAUCACUUGUGCCGGGAUAAUAAUUGCCGUAUGAUUUUUGAUCAAUUUGGAUUUUCUAUACAGGACAAAGUCACCAACAGGGUUCUGUUCCACGGCAAGAGUGAUCAUGGCUUGUAUCCCAUCCCAUGCUCGGUUCCUUCUUCCAUAUGUGUAGACAAUAAGCAGCCAAAGAUGGCUUUUCUUGGACAACAAAUUCAUUCCUCGUUGUGGCAUAGGCGAUUGGGUCAUCCUACUAAUGAGGUUGUUCAACUCAUGCUUAAGGAAGCACAACUCCCAGUGGUUUCAGAUUCCAUAUCUCAGAUAUGUUCUUACUGCUUAAAUGGUAAAAUGCAUCAUUUACCUUUUUCUGCAAGGCAUGAUAAGGCACUUCUUCCUUUCUAUAGGAUUCAUAGUGAUGUAUGGGGGCCUGCACAUUGUAAAUCGGUUGAUGGUUAUCGAUAUGUUGUAAGCUUCAUUGAUGAAUAUACUGGUUUUCUGUGGCUAUACCCUCUUUGUGUCAAAUUUGAGGUUUUCUCUCUGUUUCGCAAGUUUUUUGCCUUUAUUACCAAUCACUUUCAUGCCUCAGUAAAGUAUUUUCAAAGUGAUGGAGGGGGAGAAUAUAUGAGUCAUCAGUUUCAGGAUUUUUUAUCUACUCAUGGCAUUGUGCAUCAAGUCUCAUGUCCUUAUACAUCUCAGCAAAAUGGACUUGCUGAAAGGAAAAAUAGGCAUUUUGUAGAGACUGCCAUUACUCUCUUGACUGAAGCUUCUAUGCCUGACAUAUUUUGGUUUCAUGCAAUGGCACAUUCAGCUUACCUCAUUAAUCGGAUGCCUAGUAAGGUUCUUGCCAAUCAGUCUCCUUAUUUUCGGCUUAUGCAAAAACUACCUGAUAUAAGAUAUUUGCGUGUGUUUGGGACUGCUGUUUAUCCAUGCUUAAGAGAGACCAAUUCCCAUAAAUUGCAACCUCGUACUGCGUCUUGUGUGUUCAUGGGAUAUCUUAUGGGCUAUAAGGGUGUUUUGUGCUAUAAUUGUACUACUCACAGAUUUGUCAUCUCUCGUCAUGUCAUCCAUGAUGAGUUAGUUUAUCCUUUCAAGCAUCCUAGCACUCUACACUCCAAUAUUAUGUCCUCUUCGUCUCCGUCUCUGUCCAUUAAUCUCCCUUCCACUCGUGUCAUUUUAUCUGAGAACCUUGAUUCACAUGUCAAUCAUCCCUCUUCCUCUCCCUGUCAAGGCGAGUUCUCUCCUGCUGUACCAUUGCCUCUCAUUGUUACAGAGGCAUCUUCUUCUUCCAUUCAGCCUCUAGAGGGUUCUUUUCCUGUUUCGUCAGAUCACCAUGUGUCUCCUAUUGAACAUGUCAAUUCUGGUUCUUCUUCUAGUCUCCCUUCUUCUCGGAACAUCCAUCCAAUGACUACCAGGUCCAAAUCUGGUCUGUGUUAG